AUGUCUGGUCUACCCGACGGCGUCGCUGCGUCGAGCAGCACUAAACCUGCGAAACCGCCAAUUUCAGGCGAAUUGAGCAGCACUGGUAACAUCAGCAUCGCCGACACCGAAGCAGAUUCGGACUCCAUGACCAAGCCGCUCGUCUCUCGCAGGGACGACGACGACGAAAACGACGAAAUUGGCGAUAACGACGAAGAAACCGGAGGACUGACAGGAGCGAAGGCAGGACGACCCGCCAUGGCGAAAUUCUCAGAGGAAACCGGCGAAAGCGGGGAAAGCGGUCGUUUUGGCGCCAGCGGUCAUCUGAAUCUGGACGCUUCCGCGUCCGUGUUCAACGCGUCCGAACGUCCCAUUCGCGAGCCCAUCUGGGCCGGAGCUUUCAUCAUCUGCGCCGCGGUUUUCGUUCUGCGGGAGUUUUCGUGGUUCAUCCGACCGUUGCUGUCCCUUAACUCCUUCGCGUCGCGUUUCUUCUCUCUCGAAGCGCUCUCCGCGCUCGCCAUCGCCCUGGUGUCGAUCUUCCCGACGAUGUUCGUUUUCCUCGUCUGCGUUAGAAGGAUGUCCGUUAAGCUCGUCAGGGGGUGCCUCAGAGUUACUGUAGCGUUCUUCGUUAUUCACAGCCUCAUGGCGCUUCACACGCCGCCUCCCCCGCCGGGAUCCCCGGCGGCCCCUGCGGCGCCUGACGCGCCCCCACAGUCCGCGAUUUCCGGGGCACCCUUAUCCCUAUCCACGUCAGCAGCCGCGCAUGGGGGUAUCGGCGGCCAAUCAGCGGCGAGCAUUUUGGAGUCCGCGGCUCCAUUCUCCAUGUCGCGAUUCCUGCGUGACACGUCAGCAGACGGAUCCCACAUCCACGUCAUCACUGCCACGUUUACUAACCACAUCGCUGCUUAUCUCAACAGGCGAAAGCUGCAGGACGCUGCGCAAACAGCGGCAUUACAAAAUCCGAACCCGUCUGCACCUCCCCCUCCUGUAUCUGACCCCAACGCAAAUUACGUCCUCAUGCUACUGGUUUGCAAGGACUACCACCCGCUUUCGUCUACUGUGAUUGGUCGAGCGUCCCAGGCUGUGAUGACCCGAGCCCGGGGUCUCAUUGUGGGGCAUGACCCGCUGUUUGGAUCGCCUGAUUCGCCGUUUCAUUCCCAGGAGGAGCGAUGUGUCGUAUGGAGUGACACUAUAGCGGUUCAGCACUGGCUGUCCCCUCUCGCUGUAAUCUUCCUCUUUAUAGGCAUCUGGAUGGCGUAUCAAAUCGGCGUAACCCUCCAAUUCAUCGCCGCAGCUACAGUAGCGCAGGUCUACAGUAACAGAGACUACAACCAAUCAGACAACACCACCAGCAGCAGCAGCAGCAGCAGCAGCAGCAGCAGCAGCAGCAGCAGCAGCAGGGAGGGGACCUUGAGAGAUGAAGCGGGAGGGUGGUUCGAUCGAGACGCUCUAGUGGAUCGAUGGAACAUCGUAGCCCGAGCAGUCAAGCUAGCUUACUCCUCUUCUAUGGGCACUAUCUGUCUAGUCAGCUUUAUCCUGACUCUGGCAACGGUGGUGUCUGUGCUGCUGAAUGUGUUGGUGAUUUCGCUGUUCGGGAUGUCGGCGAUUGUCGUGGUGCCACGCGUCGCCAUCGCAUUCGCUCUCUUCAUCUUCACGUAUUUCUUCACCUGGUUCGUGGUGGUGGUGGCUGCGAUAUCAGGCCACGGCUCUCGCCGCUCGCUCGCUCUCUCCACUUCUCUGCUGCGCAACCACUUCAAAUCCGCACUAGCUGUGAACCUCACCGCCAAGUGCAUUCUUGGAGUCAUCUCAACCGUCGUCACCCUGCUUCUCCUCCUCUUCCUGGCCGUCCUCAUGCUGCCGCUGUUCGGCCAUCUACUCAAGUCCGACACCAUUCAGGCCCUCUUCGUCUUCCUCCCCGUCGCCCUCGCUGUCGGCAUCACAGUCUUCUCCUUCAAGCUCGUAUUCGUGCCCGUCGUAGCCACCAUGUUUGUGUGCUUCGCGUGGGACAACCGCAUUGAGGUGGAUGCUGCAGGGGGUGCUGCUGCUCCCUUGGCGACUGGGCAGUCUGAGGAGCUGGUGGCUACAGUGGUGCCCAGGUCAACUGGUUAG